UUGUUUCGUUGUGUUAUUAUGCCUGAGCCAGCGAAGUCCGCCCCGAAGAAGGGAUCUAAAAAGGCCGUCACAAAGGCCGCCGGUAAGGGAGGAAAGAAGCGCAGGAGGUCUAGGAAGGAGAGUUACGCUAUCUACGUGUACAAAGUCUUGAAGCAGGUUCAUCCUGACACCGGUAUCUCCUCCAAGGCGAUGGGCAUCAUGAACUCCUUCGUCAACGACAUCUUCGAGCGCAUCGCCGGUGAGUCGUCUCGUCUCGCUCACUACAACAAGCGCUCCACCAUCACAUCGAGAGAGAUCCAGACCGCCGUGCGUCUGCUGCUGCCCGGUGAACUGGCCAAACACGCCGUGUCUGAGGGGACAAAGGCCGUCACCAAGUACACCAGCUCCAAGUAAAAAGUGUCAUGAAGCUUUCAGCUGCACCCAAAGGCUCUUUUAAGAGCCACCCAUAUACACGUUUAAAGAGUUAAUUGCUCCAAGAAAAGUGUAAUAAGAAACCUCAACCAAAGGCUAUUUUAAGAGCCAACCAUGUUAUCGCUUAAAGAGCUUCAUCGUACAUUUAUAAUUUAUUAAUGUAAUGUAAUUUUUUUUUUUUUUUUUUUUGUUACACAGAUUAGUUUCCAAUCAGACUUAACGUUAUUUGACACAUCAUUCUCCAUCAAUGUAGUGUAUUGAUAUUAACCACCAGCAGGAUUUAAUGUUGGUAAAUUUAUUAAAUAUUUCCAUUAAUUUGAAACACUUAAUAGUAGAAUUAUGUACCUGCAAUAAUUGUUUGUACUCCACUGUUAAAUAAAAAUCUGCAGAAUUUAUUUUUCAAACACUAAGUACAGUUAUUUACAUUAUUCAAUAGAGGACCAAAUGAGAAAAUGUAUCCAUUCCAAAUUAAUGUAAUA